AUGUUGGUAGAACUUUUAUGUGAUGUGCAAACCUACGAUUGGGGCAAGCUAGGCAAGUCCAGUGCAGUUGCACGUUUUGCCGCAGCUCAAUCUCCCGAUUUCCAUAUUCAGGAGUCUACUCCAUACGCGGAGCUGUGGAUGGGCACCCACCCCAAGGCGCCCUCGCAGAUCAAGGGCGGCAAGGAGAAUCUGCGAGAGCUUGUUGCAGGCAAUGACAAGCUGCUAGGCGAGAAGGUUGCUGCCAAAUUCGGUGACCAGGAGAUUCCCUUCUUAUUUAAGGUUUUGUCUAUUCGUAAAGCCUUGUCUAUUCAGGCGCACCCGGAUAAAUUGUUGGCGCGUCAGCUUCAUGCCCGAGACCCCAAGAAUUAUCCAGAUGAUAACCACAAACCUGAAAUGGCAAUUGCACUAACAGACUUUGAGGGUUUCUGUGGAUUUCGUCCUGCGGCUGAGAUCUCCUCAUUCUUGAAGAUUGUCCCCGAGUUUGCCGAACUUGCAGGGCAAGCAGGAACCGCUUUCUGCGCCGCAGUCGACAAAGAUCCCAAGGGUGAGCAUCGCGAAGAGCUCCAGGCGCUGUUUGGAGCUGUGAUGGGCGCGCCUCAGACCACGAUUGAUCCGCUGGCCGAGGCACUGUCUGAGCGUGCGGCUCGUGAAAAGGAGCAGUUCUGCGGCUGCCAUGGUGGACUUCCGCUUGCGGACUUGAUUCAACGGGCAAGUGCCGACUUUCCCCGAGACGUUGGCGUGUUCUGCGGCGGUAUGAUGCUCAACUACUGCCGUCUCAAGAAGGGCGAAGCGAUGUUCCUUAAAGCUAAAGACCCACACGCCUACAUUUCUGGUGAUAUUAUUGAGUGUAUGGCGGCCAGCGACAAUGUGGUGCGGGCCGGAUUUACCCCCAAAUUCAAGGACGUUCAAACACUGGUUGACAUGUUGACCUUCGAUACUGCUCCGGUGAGUGAGCAGAAAAUGACCCCGGCGCCAUUUGCUCGUGCGCAUGGCGGAGAAGCACUCUACUUUGAUCCUCCCAUUGAGGAGUUUGGUGUUCUGCAGCUGACCACCGGCACAAAGUCCGCCGUCGACGCUUUGGAGGGCCCCUCUAUCUUUAUUGUCACUGAAGGACAAGGCACAGUCAAGGCAGGGGACGCUAGCAUCAAAUACACGGCCGGCUCUGUAUUUUUUGUGGGUGCCGGGACCGCGGUAGAGCUCGAGGCGAGCGAGCACACUGUUUCAUACCACGCAAUUUGCGAAGUCUAG